UCCAUUUCAAAAUGCCAGUCCGUCCUACUUGGACCUACCCACCUUCGAGUCUGCGCGUUCGAUCCAAACCCCCGUAGACGCCAACAGACGAAGAAAAUUCUCUCCAUUUUCAUCUGCAGUUCUCGUUCGGAGCGUGAGAGCUCAAUUCUAGUCAAGGAUUGAGAACAAUUUCGAUGGGGAAAGGCGGUGGCUGCGUCCCGAGCAAGAAGAAACAACCAUCGGGGGCUUCCAUGGACCCCCAACACAGCACCAGCAACGCCCCGAUCCAUCGCGAUGACCGUUCCGAUGCGGCGAAUGCCGCCUCGGAUUCAGCAGUUACGCCAACAGCAAUUGCGCAAUUGAAGAUAUUCAUCGUUUUCUAUUCGAUGUACGGUCACGUGGAAAGCCUGGCCAGGAGGAUGAAGAAAGGUGUGGAUGGCGUGGACGGGCUGGAAGCACUGCUGUUCCGUGUUCCGGAGACGUCGUCAAAGGAGGUCCUGGAGCAAAUGAAGGCUCCGCCCAAGGAUGUCGCGAUUCCGGAGAUUACAGCGGCGGAGCUGGUCAAGGCUGACGGUGUCCUGUUUGGGUUCCCGACAAGGUAUGGAUGCAUGGCAGGACAGAUGAAGGCGUUUUUCGACUCCACUGGGCAACUGUGGAAGGAGCAGAAGCUGGCGGGGAAACCGGCUGGGUUCUUUGUCAGUACUGGCACGCAAGGAGGUGGCCAAGAGACCACUGCUUGGACAGCAAUAACCCAGUUGGCUCACCAUGGAAUGCUGUUUGUUCCGAUCGGCUAUACCUUUGGUGCUGGUAUGUUUAAGAUGGACUCCAUAAGAGGGGGAUCUCCAUAUGGUGCCGGUGUUUUUGCUGGUGAUGGCUCAAGGGAGGCAAGUGAAACAGAGCUGGCAUUGGCGGAACAUCAGGGCCAAUAUAUGGCUGCAGUUGUGAAGAGGCUAGCCCAUCAGCCUUGAUGAUAUGUUCCUCAUCUUCAAACUACACCGUUCAUACCUUUCUAUUUGUUCCCUAUGUUGAUCGGUCUUGGGCAUUUCAUCUGUUGCUGUCAAUUGUCAAAUAUGAAGAAUGUUUCUGUCUGUCAAUGCUGUUCAUUCAUUUUUUCUUCUGUCGAUUAUGAUUGAAAAAGAUGUACGUGAUUGAAAUCUUUCUACAUCGUGAAAUAAGAUUAUAAUGAGUGUGUUUUCUUUGCACUUGUUA